AUGUUACGAGCUCGCAGAUAUCGAGUUCUGAUCGUGUUCGCGGCGGCUUUAGUCCUGACAUUCUUCCAUUUUGCGCGGUCACGCGAUUGGAAUAACGCAGUGACCGAGGAGUCUAUUAGUAUCCAUCCUGCCGAUCCUGCCUAUCCAAAUCAACCUCCAACCCCCAACCCGGGAUCUGUUGCUGCCCCCAUCGAGGAGAGCAAGAAUGCCGCCCCUGAACCGUACCGAGGCCCCGUCACCCCUCCGUCCACCGAAAAGAUCACCUCUCCCGUAGGUCCCAGCAGCGGAUCGAAGCAAGAUGCCAAUCGGUUCAAAGAUGCCUCGGGAGAUAAGCCGCCAGUGAUUGCGCCCAGUCAGGAUGACCGCAAGGAUCACCCCAAGGCCCCCACGGUGGAGAGCACGAGCAGGUUGCCACCAGCCGCAUCAGAUGAAGAGAUCGAUAAUGGAGGCGGAGGACGGAUCCCGGUGGAUCGCCAAAAGUCAGGCACCCCAACUGCUAGAUGGAGGAAGUUCCCUGAGCAGUACCCCGUCCCUGCGGCAGAGGUGAUCAAGCUGCCCAAGGUACAGUCGAAGGCCGUCCCCAAGCUGCAGGCCAAGUUUAAGGAUGAGUCCAGCUCCAAUAAACAGGAGCGUCUCCAACGAUUGAGCUCCAUCAAGGCUGAAUUCAAGCACGCUUGGCAGGGUUACAAAAAGGUCGCGAUGGGGCAUGAUGAGAUCAAGCCUCUGUCCAAGGAGUCCGAGGACCCCUUCAAUGGCUGGGGCGCGACUUUGGUGGAUUCCCUCGAUACUCUGUGGAUCAUGGAGUUGAGGGAUGAGUUCUCGGAAGCCGUGGAUGCGAUCAAGCACAUCGAUUUCAAAACCUCACUCAGAGAAGACAUCCCAGUGUUUGAGACAACCAUCCGCUAUAUUGGUGGACUUUUGGGUGCCUACGAUAUCUCAGGUCACCGGUACUCGGUACUUUUGGAAAAGGCAGAGGAACUCGCUGAGAUUCUGAUUGGAGCCUUCGACACGCCGAAUCGUAUGCCACAAUUAUUCUAUCGCUGGGCGCCGGAGUUUGUCGCAAAGCGCCACCGCGCUUCGUCUCGAGCUGGUCUGGCUGAGCUCGGAUCGCUUUCGUUGGAAUUCACUCGCUUGGCCCAGUUGACCAAACAAGACAAGUAUUAUGAUGCCAUUGCGCGGGUCACGAACGAAUUGGAGAAGUUCCAGGAUUCAACGAGUAUCCCCGGUCUCUGGCCCAUUCGAGUCAACGCACAGGGAUGCUCCCGCUACAGGUCCCAGCGGAACGGCAGCCCUGCGGAUGAGCAAGAUCCUGCUAGCACGGCUCAAGCCAGUGCGACUAAGACCCACAAAGCCUACGCCGCGCCGACAGACAUUGAAAGCUACACGAACUUGAUCCAACGUGACCAGAUCCCAGGCUCUGCUCAAGUCGCCAACGGUACCCAGUCUCCAGAGGAGUCUUACAUCCAGGCACGUAAGCAAACGGUCAUGUCGCCAGAACAAUGCAACGGAGGCCUCGAGCUUCCUCUCUCGGCUGCUAGUAAUAAGUAUACCAUGGGCGGAAUGGCCGAUUCUACCUACGAGUAUCUCCCCAAAGAAUACCUGCUCCUGGGCGGAACAAAUGAGCAAUACCAGAAUAUGUAUACCAAGGCAGCCACCGCAGCCCGGAAGCAUCUCUUGUUCCAGCCCAUGGUGAAAGGUGGACGUGAUAUCCGCUUCAUGGCCUCAACAGCGCCCAUCACCCCGGGGAAAUCUUCACAACUGCUCCCCACCGACUUCGAGUACGAAGGUCACCAUCUGACAUGUUUUGUCGGCGGCAUGUACGCCCUGGGUGCCAAGGCCUUUGGUAUUGAUGGGGACAUGGAGCUCGCAGCCAAACUCACAGAUGGCUGUGUGUGGGCUUAUGAGUCGACUCAGACUGGCAUGAUGCCCGAGCGAUUCCGUCUUUUGCCGUGCGAGAAAGGAUCAGGCUGCGAAUGGGAUCAGGCCCGUUUCGACGCUGGCGUGGCUCGCUAUUCGCGGGUGGAUCCUGAAGCAGGACCCCAGUUCCGCAAUGGCGAGGACACCUACAGCCAGCGCCUGAAGUUGAAUGCCCACGAGGCGCCCCAGGAGUCCGGGAACCAGAUGGUCCCCGUCCCGAUGCCGGGUUCAUUGAAUCCUCAUGACACCGAUGUGAUCUCGAAGCGUGAUGGGUUUGCAGUUGGCAAACGCGCCGACUCUUCGUCAUCGGCUGCUACUGCGACACCCACACCGGUUGGGGUUGAAUUGGAGAACCGCGACGCUCCUCGUUCUUCUUCGGCACCCGCUUCGCCUCAGGUUGCUGCUGUGGGUAAGGAUCACCUCCCCGCAGGCAUGAUCAGCAUUCCCCAACCGAACUACUAUCUUCGGCCCGAAGCCAUUGAAUCGGUGUUCAUCAUGUACCGUUUGACCGGUGAUGAGACCUGGCGCCGUAAGGGAUGGCAAAUGUUCGAGGCCAUCUCCAAGUACACCCGCACAGAGGUGGCCCACGCAGCCAUCAACGAUGUCACCGCCCAAAAGCCGAGCCACAAGGAUACCAUGGAGUCCUUCUGGCUGUCGGAGACUCUGAAGUACUUCUACCUGCUCUUCAGUGACCCGAGUGUUGUGGAUUUGGAUAAAUAUGUUCUCCUGAGGUCUCGGAGACAGAGUUCUGGUCUGGUACACAUUGCGACGCGAUACGGUGGCCCUGAUCUCUGCCAACUACAGCCAGAUGCGCCAUGGCACCCCUAUCUCCACUCUGCUGACACCCGCCCUUGUCUAGGUGAAUAUCUUCGAUCGGAAACCGAUAUCUCGCGCUGUUCCUACAAACUUUUCACAUCGAGCAUAUUCGCCAGUCAUGCGGACUAUGUGCGACGACAGAUCAUCUACGGGCUCUUGCAGGAAGACGACCCCAAUGUCCUCCACUUCCUUGCGUCGUUCAUCCUCUUCGACGGCCGACAAAACGAGAAUGUGCUGCAGAUGCUAAAUUCGGAGGGCGCGUUUGCGCGUCUGCUUGAACUCAUACAGGCUAUGCGAAGGGCCGAUCUGGACGGUGAUGCGGGUCUUCAUCGCCUGCUGAUGGAUCUGAUCUAUGAGAUGUCGAGGAUACAACGGGUCAAGAUCGAAGAUUUGGUGCUUGUGGAUGACGAUUUCAUUCGCUGUCUCUUUGAUAUCAUCGAAGACCUAUCGUACGAUGUCACUGAUCCAUAUCAUUAUCCGGUCAUUCGGGUGCUGCUGGUUUUGAAUGAACAGUUCAUGAUCUCGGCUCAUGAUCCUGUGGAUGGUGCACCCUCAGGGCAUUUGACCAACAAGGUCAUCAAGAUCCUCUCCGUCUAUGGCGGCAUGUACAAAACAUUUGGAGAAAACAUCAUUCUCUUGAUCAAUCGCGAAGCCGAAACUUCCCUCCAAUUGCUCACAUUAAAGCUGCUCUAUCUCAUUUUCACGACCCCGAGCACGUAUGAAUACUUCUUUACCAACGACCUCCAUGUUUUAGUCGAUAUCCUGAUUCGAAAUUUACUGGACCUACCGGAAGAGGCAGCAGCACUGCGCCAUACAUAUCUACGUGUUCUUUACCCGCUUCUAGCUCACACCCAAUUACAGAACCCACCUCACUACAAGCGUCAUGAGCUACGCAGACUACUGAGUGAUCUGGUCAGAGGGCAGGUCUCCUAUGGUAAUGAUCCAGAACACGAGAAAAUCCUUCACUUCGAAGAUGUUGAUGAGACGACACGCCGACUGGUCGCUCGAUGUGCGACUGUGGAAUGGCUUCGAAAUGUUGAACCGGCCGCUCCGCCAGAGGCCCCGGGGACGCCCAUCCAAGUGACAGAAACGACGAUUGAGACCGUUCUCGACCAGGCUGAACAGACGGCGUCACCUGUCCCGAUGAGUGAGCCAAUAGAAGUCCCUCGCGCACUAUCCCGAGCAAGCACUAUCGCAAGCUCACCAGAAUCCGCAUCACCAACAAGAAUGGGCUCAUGGAGCUCAUCCAAUGCGCCGGGCAGUCGGAAACAGAGCUUGGUGCAACGCCUCGGCAUGCUCGAACCUGCAUCCGCAUCCUCGCUGAGCGUUCAAGCGGUUGCAGCGCAACACGAAAAGCCCGGUAUCAUCACACCAAGCCGCAAAGACGAAGGAGUUCCAGCCGCUCUCAGCGACGACACCCCGAUCAUUCGACCACCAAAGAUUAAACCAGAGCCGCCAAAGUCCCGUCGCUGGCGCGGGCGCCGCCUGGCUGCAGAAGACGAGGACCACCAUUCUGCUGGUACCAGCAGCGACGGGAACACCAUUCCCGAAGGCGUGGAAGUGAGCCCGACUACCACUUUUACCCCCGUACCCCCUACCACCUCAUUAUCGCAGGCGAUACCCAAUGAGCGUCGCAAUUCUGGAUCAAGCUCCAACCUUGCACCACCGGGUACACAGCCACGACGGUCUGCAUCCAAUCCUCCCCCUGCUCUUCCGCCACCUCGGCGCUCCAAUCAUUCUACACCUUCUUCAAGUCACCACCGACCCGUGGCUGCAGUCCCUGGAGCGGGUCGACAUGGACAAGCUCCACUUCCGCCUAAGACGCGACGUUGGGGGCGUAGCAAGACACACGGGCAAAGCGACUCGGUUGAAAGUGCAGCCAGCAGUAUCGGUCCUUCUAAAGAACCCGAGUCAUCCGAGAGCGCUGCUGUUGCGACUCAGCAAGAACCGUCGCCGGAGAGUGGUACGCCCUCGGACCCCUUUUCGCCAAAGUCUCCAACACUAUUGGUAUCUCCAGCAUCGGAUAGUGCAAAUGCUUCGACCGACGGCACUGGCGAUGGUGCACCCCUUAGUGUAGAGGAAGCUGUGCAGAACGUCACCUUGCAGUGA